AUGCCCGAGAAACUUCUGUUCACGGGCGCCACAGGCUUCAUUGGUGGCACUGUUCUGACACAACUCCUGAACUCUUCCAACAAAGACGUUAAUGCACUGUCGAUUACCGCUUUAGUUCGGAGGCAAGAACAAGCCGAUAUUCUCAGCCAGAAAGGAAUCCAUGCCAUCAUCUUCACGGGCCUAGAUGAUUCUCAAUUUUUGACGAAGAUCGCAAGUCAGCACGACUACGUUAUCCACACGCCGACUGGCUUCCAUACACGCUCGGCUGUAGCUCUCUUAGAAGGGUUAGCAGAGAGGAAGAAGCAGUCAGGAAGAGAUGUUCACUUCAUUCACACAUCGGGAACCUCCAACCUUGCGGAAAGAACGAUCACCCAGCAGUCGGGUGAUAUUCAUCAAUGGUCAGAUAAGGAAAAGGUGUACGAACAUGAGGAGAAGAAAGAAAAUCAGGAGGCUUACGGCCAGCGAACAACAGAUAUUGCUGUUGUUAGGACUGCAGAGAAGACCGGAGUCAAAGCAUAUAUUAUGAUGCCUCCCACAGUCUACGGGCGGGGCACCGGCCUCUUCAAUCAAGGAUCAAUGCAAAUUCCCAGCAUUAUUCGUGGGGCGAUCAAGGCUGGCGUCCCUGAAUACGUAGGUGAGGGCACAGCCCGUCUUGGGCAUGUUCAUGUUACGGAUCUUGCACUACUGUACGAGCUUAUAUUGAGCAAGGUGCUCUCUGGAGAGACGAUUCCUUCUGGCAAGAGAGGCAUUUACUUCUCCAAUACUGGCAGUCACAAUUGGCGAGAUCUCGCAGCCUUGGUUGGUAAGGCAGGUGGCUCGCUUGGUGCUUUGGAGUCAAUAGAGCCUCGGUCCGUGAGCUUGGAAGAAGCUGGAUCGAGAUGGCUGAAUGCGACACCCCAGGUUGCAGAGAUGAAUUAUGCUGCACACUCUUCUACGAAGCCUGUUUUGGCACCAGAGCUCGGUUGGAGGCCCACAAAGACAGAGGCCGAUUGGGAGAACUCAUUUGUAGAGGCGUUUCAAAUGGUUUUGGAUGAGCAGGCCCAGAAAUCAUAA